AUUAUCAGAGCGCCCGUUACGCAGACAACAUGAGAAUAAUACUGUUGACUACGUUUGCUGCGGUAUACCUAGCGUCUACAUCUGCUAUACCUAUAGUAGAUGGGCAAAGCAAAGAUAUAGUUUCGGGUGUAUUUAUACCUGCUGAGACAUUUAAUCACUUGCAAGGUCGAAAAAGCGGCCAAGAUUCUUCACUGGAACAGAGGAGCGGAGAUCCAGCAAGUCAAAACAAUGUCCAAGUAACCUCCAAUAGCCCAGGCCAGCAACCAACACAACAGAAUGUAAUUGUUAACCAACAACCAAACGCGGGUAAUGCGCAACAGGCAGUCAUGGUUAAUCAACAACCAAAUCAACAGCAAGUCAAUCAAACCCCUCAGCCAGUAUACGUCAAUCAGCCUAACCAACAGACCUACGUAAACCAACCCUCACAAGGGCAAACCUUUAUUACUCAACCUGGUCAACAGACGUAUAUCAGCCAACCAGGCCAACAACAACAAACAUUCAUUACGCAGCCAAGCCAACAAACAUUUAUAAGCCAAUCCUCACAACAGCCCACUUAUGUAAACCAGCAAGGCCAACGUAUCGUAUUCAGUCAACCCAGUCAACCAGGUCAAACACUGCUCGUGGCACGACAGCCUCAACAGACGUUUAUCAUGGCGUCACCACAGGGCCAGCCCCAACAGAUGGUAAUUCAGCGUGUAAACCAGCCUUCAAAUCAGCCGACGAUGAUCCUGGCUACUCAACCUAAUGGUCAGCAAGUUUUAUUGCAACAACAACCAAACCAAGUACUUGUUUCUCAACAGCCCAACCAGCAGCCAACAGUUUUAAUGUCUCAGCAACCAAAUCAACAGACUUUCUUAGUUCCUCAGCCUGCCGGGCAACAACAAAUCGUGGUUGGACAACCGUCAAGCCAACAGCAAUUUAUCGUUCAAGGUCCACAAGGACCAUCAGGCCAGCCACAAACAAUAUUUGUUACUGGACCACCAAAUCAUCAAACCUUCUUUGUUCAACCGUCCCAGCAGACAGGACCACAGACAAUUCUUCUCCAACAACCAGGCCAGCAACCAGGUCAACAAACUAUUUUAGUACAGCAACCCGGACAGCAAUUACAGUCGAACCCGCCAGGGAUAAUGGUUCAACAACCUAUUCAGUCAAUGUCGAAUAGCAAUCAAGGCAAUGUGAUCACGCUUGUGCCCAAUCAAAAUAGUGGCCAAAUUUUGGUUCCAGUUCAACAAGGAAAAUAGUAUGUCGAAAUAAAUUUUAUGAAUAAAAAAA